AUGGGCUUGCUAAAGGGCUCGUUUAGUCUGAAUUUGGCCAGUAAUGGCUCUCGGUUGAACUCUGAUUUCUUGAGGUUUCGUUCACAAAGCGAGAAGUUUCGGGUCCACCAUGGCCAUCAUAAACCCCGACAAAAGUUCCACAAGGGCCCGACUCAAGAAAACUCAACGGGCCCGAUUCCAGCUGGCUCUGAUCCUCCAUCAACCCAUUGGCUUGAACAACAGCCAUUGAAAAUUCACCAUUUGUGUGAUGCCCUAAAUCCUUAUACCACCAAAGCCCGUCAACUCGGCCAUUCGGGUCUCCACCUCCUCUUCUCCAACUUCCAUCACCCUCCACAGAAGGCCUCCAACAGGGCUUAA